AUGACAAUAAAACCUGAUACUCAGGAAUCAAAACCAAAUGAAUCCUUAAGUGAACAUGAAAAUACCUCUGAAUUUGAUGAAGAAGUUGUGAUUCAUGAAAGAUCCUUUACCAAUAGGGAACCUAUUGUUAUUAGGAAACCUAAACCAAAACAAGGAAUUAGAAUUGAAGAACCAUCUAGUUCAAAUCCUAAAGGAGAUGCAAGACAAGGAAAUGAAGAAAUAAUUAAACUUCUUACUACAUUUCAAAAACAAGGCUUCUAUCCAGUAGAAGAUCCUAGUGAUACAGAAUCAUUGUAUUACUUAACUACAGAAUCUGAAUUUGAAAAUUUAGAAUCAGAAACUUCUGUUACAUCUGAGAAAAUCUUAAAACUUAAGAUUGCAGAUAAAUCUGAAAUAAAAACUUCUAAAAUUGUAAAAGGAAUUGUGCUAUCUGAAAAGAAAGCAGAAUUGUUUAAAGAUAAAAUUGGAUAUUUAGGUCUAGAUAUAGCCAAUGAAUCUUUCAUUAAAGAUUUAGCGAAAAUGAGGACACCAUUACAAAAGAAAUUGAAAAAAGAUUUUAGAUGGAUUUGGACUAAAGAAGAUACUCUUUAUGUUGGAAAAAUCAAAUCUAAAAUAAAAAUUUUACCAUCAUUAUAUCAUACAAAAGAAGGAGAUAAAAUGAUAAUUGAAAUUGAUGCAUCUCAAGAACAUUGGGGAGCAGUUUUAAAAGCUCUUGAUUUACAAGACUAA